AUGAUGAGCGUCUCUGGUUCUUCUCUUGAAUAUAAUACUCUUAAACCCCUAUUAACACCUAGCCCGACUGUCUCGGUUCCAUUAAGAGCCCGUGAUGUUGUAACAAGCACUUCAACUGCUAAGCCUGGUGAUACGGAUGGAGAAAAAAAUACUUUUACCUCUGGAGAUCAUGCCUUUUAUUCUACUGUUGUUUCCACGAGAGCAAGUGAUGGCGCUGCCUAUACUACUGGAACCGCAAUUCCAGUUGCUUCUACGGCCGUCUCUUCGGCUAACAAUUCCAAAGGAAAUUCACCGAAAUCUUCAAAGCAUGCCUCUACAGCUGUAAUAGCGGGUCCAAUCGUCGGUGUUUUGGGCGCCUUAAUUAUUGUUGUUUUCUUUUUCUAUUGCCUUCGUCAUUAUAAACGAAAGAGAUUUUUGGCGGAGCAACAGGAAUUUGAAACCCAAUUUGAAGAAGAAAAAAGCCGACUCGCAGCUAUGCGAAAAAAUAAUGAACAUGAGAAAAUGGGCUAUCGUGGAGGCUAUCAAAUGCAUUCGUCUCCGUGGGGUUCUGUUUCUCGUAGCUCUAUGAUAGGCUCUGGACCUAGCUCUUACUAUUAUGACAAACGCAGCAGCGAUUAUGGUCUAAAUAACCAAGAUUUUGUCACUCCUCCUGGUAAUGCAGCAACUUCAGACAGCUUACGGUUCCUAAAGAGAAACUCUGUAAUAUCUAUGAAUGGUUAUUCUCAGAGCCCACCGUUGGAAGCACGUAGGUCGGUUUCAUACGGUGCAGUACAAUCUCCACAGGGACGUCCAUUGGCUCCAAUACCUGGAAGACGAACACUUUCCUUCUCUUCCGUGAAUGACUCAAAUGAAGGUAAUAAGCAAAAUUCCAGCUUCGAUUCGACUGAGAAUGAUGAGCACAAAUCUACCUCAACAGAAUCAUCCAGCGAACUCUUUUUUGAAAACGAUGACGAAGAUAAACAUCAAGAUCCUUUUGUUAUGACACAUGCUCCUCAUGAGAAUAAUGACCUUGAAUCUUCACUUCCAUAA